UACAUUUCACUUGGUGUAGCCCCUUGGAGGGUUGGUUUCGAGACUCUUCAUGGUUGGGGACCCUGUGGUGGUGUACCACCAACCUGGACCUCGGCUCUUGGGGUAUGUAGAGGCUGGGAACCAUCUCCCUCUCGAACUCUUCUUGCUAAGUUUGUACUCCUAAGACUAAAGUGGCUGCAGUACCUCCUGCCAGUCAAACCGCCAUAGCGUCGUCAAAUCUUCAUGGAAUUUUAUGAUUCAACUUGCUGCUCAUAGGCGACAACAACGCGCUCCAGAUCCAAUUUACAGAUCACCGUUUGAGGUACACUUCAGAUCGGCAUCAAUAUUUGAAGCUGGCUGACGGAACUCUGACUGUGCACAUUUUCUCUCAUUUUAGGCACAUCUGAGCCUAUUGUGCUUAUAACAAGUGGUAUCAGAGCCCCUUGGAGCUGUCUCGACCAUGCCUAGACCUGAGGAAGGGGGUGGCAGAGGUGCUGGAGGCAGAGAAGACGCCCAAGCACAAGGUCAACACCAAGAUCCACCCAUGGCUCCCGUGCAACCUAGCCUUGGCCCCUCUAGGGAUGAGCCUAGAGUGUUUGGCCUUGACAAGUUCAACGGUGACAACUUUGCUGAGUGGUCCUUCAAGAUGGAGAACAUCUUUGACCACUAUGAUCUGCUGGAGGUGAUGGAAGGAACGGAGAAGCGCCCCGAGAACGACCCGGAGAAGAGCCCGUGGGUGCGGAAGAGCGCACAAGGCUAUCUUCUACUUGGGCAAGCAUUGGGGAGCAGCCAAAUCCGUCACAUCAAGCCUUUUCAGCGUGAACCAGCAAAGGGACCAAAGGCAUGGGCUGCUCUCAAGGGUGUACACGCUCCUGCAACAGCGGCGGUGGCUGUGGUUUUGGAGCGGCAAAUGGCGGCCCUUCGAAUUGACGAAGGCGAACCGGUGGAGGACGGAGUGCAUAAAUUCUUCGACUUGUUGACACGGCUUGAAGGAGCUGACCUGAACUACAGUGACCUUCAAAAGAAGACCAAGCUGCUGGCCUUGCUUCCGGACUCAUGGUCCUCGCUCAUCAUCAACCUAAAUCGAGAUCUGCCCCGCCUCUCGCUCGAAGAUGUGAAGCGGGAAAUCUUACAAGAAGAUUUCCGUCGUCGUGAAUUGGCGGGUACCGAUGGUGCCGGAGUUGCAAGCAUGGGCCGUGGGCACGGCCGUGGAAGGGGCAGAGGGCGAGGAGGAAGAUUUGGCAGCAGCAACUUCAAUGGAGGCCGUGGUAAUGGAGGAUAUGGCAGCAACAACAACAACAAUGGCAACGGGCGUGGGCGCGGUCGAUUUGAUGGCGAAUGCCACUUUUGCCACAAGACCGGCCACAUGUGGAGAGAUUGCUACAGAUUGCCUGAUGGAUGGACCCCUUCUCAAGGCCAAGAGGGCAGAGGAGCAAGGGGAGGAAGAGGCAGAGGUCGUGGAGGCCGUGGUGGUCGUGGAAGUGAAGCGGCAUGCAUGAAAGGUGGAGACUACGAGACGGGCCCGAGUGAAGAUCGAUACCCGGGCCAAUUCUUCUUUGUCUCCACGCAAGCGGUAGCUGCAGCAGGAGGUGUGGAAGGCUUUGAGGAGCCAGCUACUGUGGGAAAGGUCACCCUUCACUCUCUCGACUUUUGGGUGAUCGAUAGCGGCGCCACCUAUAGCAUGACACCUCGUGCGGACUUGCUCACCGAACUCGAACCGUCGCCGGUCAAGCAUGUCACAUCGGCUUUGGGGCAGCGAGCAGAGGUGAAAGGCAUGGGCAAGGCCAUGUUCAAGGGUGCUGAUGGGAAGAUGGUGGGCCUCAUGAACGUGCUUUGGGUGCCCAACCUUGCAGCCAACCUGAUUUCUGUGCGGCGUUUGCAAAAGGCCGGCAUGGACACAUCUUCCAAGGGAUCCAAAACUUAUACCGCGCGGCUUGGUGAGCGGAAGCUUUGGGACCUUCAUGAGGACAGGGACAUCUACAAUGAGAUGUGGCAAAUCCCAGUGUGAAAAUAGUAACGUUACUUCGUGUAGUGUUACAUUUCACUUGGUGUAGCCCCUUGGAGGGUUGGUUUCGAGACUCUUCAUGGUUGGGGACCCUGUGGUGGUGUACCACCAACCUGGACCUCGGCUCUUGGGGUAUGUAGAGGCUGGGAACCAUCUCCCUCUCGAACUCUUCUUGCUAAGUUUGUACUCCUAAGACUAAAGUGGCUGCAGUACCUCCUGCCAGUCAAACCGCCAUAGCGUCGUCAAAUCUUCAUGGAAUUUUAUGAUUCAACUUGCUGCUCAUAGGCGACAACAACGCGCUCCAGAUCCAAUUUACAGAUCACCGUUUGAGGUACACUUCAGAUCGGCAUCAAUAUUUGAAGCUGGCUGACGGAACUCUGACUGUGCACAUUUUCUCUCAUUUU